CUGUUCUCAUCCACUUGCCCCACAAAACCCACCCCCAAAAACCUUUCCAAAUUCUUUAUUCCUCCCUCUCACGCUCUUUCUCAAGUUGCACCCACGAAGAUACGCUGUUUCCCGUGAUGGGUACUCCUCUCCCUCGUGAAUGGCUUGGCCUUCAACAAUUCCCCGCUGCUACUCAAACAAAAUUGUUUGAUUUGUUGGGAAAAUUGAAGCAAGAGAAUGUCAAUACUUUGACUAUCCUUGUUAUGGGCAAAGGCGGUGUAGGAAAGUCUUCUACUAUCAAUUCUCUUCUUGGGGAGCAAGUUGUUCGAGUCACUGCGUUCCAGUCAGAGGGGCUGAGACCCGUAAUGGCUUCACGCACCUGGGCAGGGUUUACAUUGAAUGUAAUUGAUACUCCAGGACUUGUAGAGGCUGGCUAUGUUAAUCACCAAGCUCUUCAGUUGAUCAAAGGGUUUCUUUUGAAUAAGACCAUAGAUGUUUUGCUUUAUGUUGAUCGCCUGGAUGCCUAUAGAGUGGACGACUUGGAUAAGCAGGUCAUAAGGGCUAUUAGCAACAGUUUUGGCAAAGAAAUAUGGCGCAAAAGUUUGCUUGUGCUCACUCAUGCUCAGCUUUGUCCACCAGAUGGACUGAAUUAUGGUGUUUUUUCUUCUAAAAGAUUGGAGGGUGUCCUAAAGGCCAUUCGUGUUGGAGCACGUAUUAGGAAAAAAGAGUUUGAUGAUUCUGUCAUUCCUGUUGUUUUGGUUGAAAACAGUGGAAGGUGCAAUAAAAAUGACAAUGACGAAAAGAUUCUUCCCAAUGGCGAAGCUUGGAUUCCGAACUUAGUAAAAGCCAUCACAACUGUUGCAACGAACAAGUGUCAAGUUAUUGUAAUUAGCAAGAAGUUGGUUGAUGGAUCUGAUGCUAACGAUAAAGGAAAAUUGUGGAUUCCAGUUAUUCUUGGGCUUCAGUGGUUUGUUAUCAAAUGGAUUCAAGGAGCAAUAAAAAGGGAUAUUGCAACUGGCAAUGGGCCUAUAUGAGAACAACAUGAAUGGGAUCUGCUCGAAUGCAAGUUUCAUCUGGUCUUGUUAAACUUUUUAUAUCAUAUUGGGUUUCCUUUUUUUUUUUGGGUAAGAUGAAUAAGAAUCCUAAGAAGUUUGUUUUGUUAGUUCUAUGCAUAUACUUUUAAUGGGCAGAGGCUGUAGUCGGAUGGGAUACCAUUGAGCUUUUGUAGGAUUUAAGCAGAUAUAUGCAGGCGAAGGUUCUUUUGUUUCACUUCCAUGUAUUCCCGUCUGUUUCUUUUGUUUUCUUUUCUCAAACUACAUGUAUUGGUGUCUUUGUUCAGAGACAUUUAUGAUUUCCUCCAAAGUAUGUCCCUCAUUUCUAUUUGAAAGUA